AGCGGGCGGCCAUGUUGGAGCAGCGGAGGCGGCGCAGAGGCGCGUCUUGGGUCCCCGCGGCGGCGCCGGUGCCAAGCGCUGGUUUGUGGAUACCUGGGCUGGUCUGCAGUGCCUAAUGCCAUGAGCGUGGUGGCGCAGCAUGUGGAGGAGAAAGCCGUUCACUCCUGGUCGCGCAUCUCCACGGCAGGGAAGAAGGCCCUGGAAGAGGCGUUGCUUGUUUUUAAUCCCAUGAGCCAAGAUCUCAGUGCCACAGAGGCCCAGCUUGUGGCCUUCCUGCAGGGUCUGCGCGAUGAUGGCUUUCAACCUACCAUCCUGCGCAGCGGUGACGUCUAUGGCUAUAGUUCAUGCACAGCCAACCCCCCAAGCCAGACAAAGCUGCAAGCUCGUGCCCCUGACCCAGCUGCUGCGUCACCUCCAGCCAGUGCUCCCAGAACUGCCAUGCUACCUGCAGGCCAGGCCACAUUGCUCCCUAUGCCGUUGUCUGGCAGACUGGCCAAAGCGUCCACACCAGCACUCACCAAGCAUGCUACCACCAACCUGCUGCUGAGUUCCCUGAAGCAGUCAAGUGCCAGUCGUGCCCGGGGUGCAGCAGUGGGCUUCCCCACCCACCUGUAUCCAGGUGUCUACCCUGCCAUGCGUCUCUCUGUUGUCCUUGAGGCCCUGGUUCCACUCAAGACUCCCAUGCCCUGCUUGGGUUCCAAGCACAAGGCACAGUCACUGCAGCUCUCACUUGCGGAAUCUCCUCUGAAACUGCGGAAGGGUUCAGAGAAGGGUUCAGGAGACCCCCAGCCCAAAGCUCCUAGAAAAACUACAAGCAAGGGCCCCAACUGUUUGACUCACAGAGGCCUUGGGGCUGGACCCCAACCAGGCCUUGGGCCCCAGAGCAAGAUCUACAAAGCCACUGGGUCACUCGGUGACCUGCGGAUGAAAAGGGGCUCUUCCUUGGGCACAAAAACAGCCCAGGCCAAGGUGGCUAGGACACUGGCCAAAGCUGCCUGUGCCCAGGCCCAGGUGGCUCGAACACAGGCCAAGGCUGCCAAAGCCCAGGCUAAAGCCAAGGCAGCACAAGUCAAGGCCAAGACAGUGGCAGCACGAGCCAAGGCUAAGGCCAAAGCAGUGCGGGCCAAGGCCACAGCAGUGCGGGCUAAGACCAAGGCCAAGGCCACAGCAGUGCAGGCCAAGGCCAAGGCCACACCAGUACAAGCCAAGGCUAAGGUCAAGGCCAAAGCAGUGCAGGUCAAGGCCAAAGCAGUGCGGGUCAAGGCCAAAGCAGUGUGGGUUGAGGCCAAGGCCACAGCAGUGCAGGUCGAGGCCAAGGCCACAGCAGUGCAGGUUGAGGCCAAGACCAAAGCUGUGCAGGCCAAGGCCAAGACCAAAGCAGUGUGGGUUGAGGCCAAAACUGUACGGGCCAAGGCCAGGGCAGUACGGGCCAAGGCCAAAACUGUACGGGCCAAGACCAGGGCAGUACGGGCCAAGGCCAAAACUGUACGGGCCAAGACCAGGGCAGUACGGGCCAAGGCCAAAACUGUACGGGCCAAGGCCGGGGCAGUACGAGCCAAAGCUAAAUCAGCACAGGCCAAGGUGACUUGGACCCAGCCCAGAGGCAGGGGCAGGCCAAAGGGGUCUAUUCAGGCCAGGACUGCAAGGAAGGGCCAGAAAACCUGCCCUGAGACAGCGGGGCGGAAGAGGAAAAGGGCUGAGGAGGCAAAGGAUCUUCCUUCCAAGAAGCGAACACGGCUUGGGCCCCGGUCUCCCAAGGCGUGGCUAGGGCCUGGAACAGCGAAGCUGCUCGAGUGCCGAGCCAUCAAGGUAGAUGAACGGUUCUCGGACGAUGAGGUGCGGCAGCGGGCUCAGCGGAUCUUCCGGGUGAACCUGUCUCCCAUCAUACGGCUCCAGCCUUUGCUGCAUACUCAGCGCCCUGAUUCUCACGGCAGUAUUUGGGGAGACUGAACCCAGGUGUCUGGCCAGUGGCACAGCGUGCCGUACCCGUGAACUCUGCAACCUCAAGGACUCCGGGUGCCUCCCCAGGGUCCUGGCAGCCACCAGCCUCCUUCCAGAACCUGGAGGAUGUGGUGCGGGGUGGGUGGGUGAGCGGGAGGGGUGUUCUCAUGGCGCAAUGCACUGUGACUUGUCCUUCAAGUUGUAUGUCCACUGUUCCAUCGAUCAUGUUUUAUACCUUU